CCGGGUUUCUUUUGGCGGGUCAUAUUCUCUUUGAGUCUCUGUGUCUCAAGUCUCAUCUCCUCGCUUCCUGUUCUCCGGCCGUGGUCAUUGGCGGUGAGAGCAAGAGCAAUUAAGGUGGAUGCAUCUGUAUACGUGGGAAGUUUAUGUUCUGAGGAUUUUCGUUGUUGUUGCUGGAAGAUUGCUUUAAUCACUACAAAAUUCUUGUUAUUCCAAGUGGUUGUUGAAGCUGUGUGCUUAAUUUUCAUGCAUGGCGGAUUCUGAUGACCAGACGAAAUCUUCUGAAAAUCAACCAUCAGAGCAAGUGUGUAGUUUCUUCAGGAAACCUGUUAAUAAGAAGAAUUUAAGAAAACGUACCGUUGAUUUAGAAGAUGACAGGGAGGAUUCGAAAAAUGAAAGCUCUUUGUUGCAUAUUCAGAAAAAACAGGUGAAGCCUGACAAUAAGUUAUACUUUUCCACUGGUCCCUCAAAAAGCACUGCAUCUAAAGUACAAGAGGAGCCUGAAAAGCAAUUGUUUCAUUUCGAGUCUUCAAAAGAGAUUCAAGUUCAACAUGAUAACAAAGCAACUGCCACUCUUGAGACCGAAACUGAUUUUUCAAAAGAUGCUCGAGCUAUCCGUGAAAGAGCCCUUAAGCAAGCAGAGGAGAGUUUGAAGGGUAAAGGAACAAGUUCUGGAGAAGAAAAAUUGUACAAGGGCAUCAAUAGUUACAAAGAUUACAAGGCUGGCUUUCGCCGAGAGCAAACAAUUGCCAGUGAAAAAGCUGGUGGGGCGCAUGGUCCUCUUCGGGCAUCGGCUCAUAUAAGAGUUUCAGCAAGAUUUGAUUAUCAGCCAGACAUAUGUAAGGAUUACAAGGAGACUGGUUACUGUGGGUAUGGUGAUUCAUGUAAAUUUAUGCAUGAUCGAGGAGAUUACAAGUCUGGGUGGCAAUUGGAGAAGGAAUGGGAGGAAGCUGAGAAAGCUAGAAGAAUGAGAUUGGCUGCAGGAGAGGAUUCGGAUGAAGAGGGUGCUAAUUUGAGUGAAGAUGAUGACGAUGACGAUUCAUUACCAUUUGCCUGUUUCAUUUGUAGGAAGCCCUUUGUGGAUCCUGUUGUAACAAACUGCAAGCAUUACUUCUGUGAGCAUUGUGCAUUGAAGCAUCAUGCAAAGAAUAAGAAAUGUUUUGUGUGCAACAAGCCUACACUGGGCAUUUUUAAUGCAGCCCAUGAGAUACGCAAGAAGAUGGCUGCAGAGGGAUGUCUAGAAACGGUCUAAUCGUACAAGCCAGACCUUUUGUAUUGAAUCAUAUGGCAAAAGGGCUUUAGUUCUUUCCAUGCUAUUCAUUCUGAUGUUGAAGUGGAUUCAUAUUCAGCAAACUCUUCGACUGCAAUUCUUAUUGGAGGCAUGUAUGAUAAUCGUUUUGGAAUUUGGAUUUAUCAAGAGUUCAGUAGUAUAAUCCUGUAUUGGCAUCAGAGAUGAUGACAUGAUCUGGUGGAAGGGCUAUUAGAAAAUCAAACACAUUCCGCUUGUAAUGCUUUUCAUUUAAUGCCGUGAAUAGCAUUAAAUGGACUAGAGCACGUGAUUGCUUUACAGUAUGUUCUAUUUUUUUCAAAUGGACUAUUAAAUUCCUUUGUAGCUGAUUACGCUUGCUCCCAGCGAGUUUCUGAUCUGAGCAUUACACCGUGAGAAUUUAUCCCUCUGUUAGUACCUCAUCGGCGGUGUGUUUUUCUGCCUUGUAACUUCAGGUUCCCUGAGAUCAGGGUUAUUUGCUUUGAGUUUACAGUUACUAAACAAGGUUCUAUGAAUGUGGCAACAAUUCAUUAACUUA